AGAAUAAUCUCAAUUGCUGCAUUUGAUUUAUUCCCCAGAGUCUUUGGGAGUCAUAUCUGAGUAGUUGUUCUUUAUAGAGCUGUAGACAUGCGCCCUCUAGUGGCUCUUUUGCAUACAGUAAUGAGUCAUCUCAAGAAGAAGCAUAAUAUUUUUGUUUCAAAUGUGAUUUAUAGCACAUUUCACAAUAAAUACGUCUGAGUUAUUAUUUAUUUACCCUGUUAACUAUUUUUUUUUUUUAUUACAUUUUAUGCUCAAAAUGUCUCGUUCCUAUAAGAAAAUAAUAUAUUACAUCACAUGGUGCAGAAGUAAAACAGCAUGGGUUUGUUGUUGUUUUGUUUCUGAGAUUAUCCACACUAUCUCCAGCAGAUUAACCUUGUUUAGACACUUUACAGUCAGUAUGCUGAUCCCUCAGACAGUCUUUGACCAACAAUAACCUUUUACCCAGAGAGCUCCUAUUGGACCAGCGCGGGGGGCAGUUCAGAGCCGAGCCCUCUGAUUGGUGCAGACUCGGGGAUGCGGUGAUGUGGCAGACGGGACGCAAACUGUAUUGGCUCUGGUGAGAGUCUGUGGGAGGAAACUUUGACAAUGAAUUUGCUGAGGACACAUGUUUACUAUGAUGGGGGAGAGAGAAAUAAUGGAGCUGCACAGGAGGAUCACCAAACACUAUGGUGCCUCUUUUGAACAGACAGACAGUCAAGGAAGCUAACGAAAAUCACUACAGAGGGACAUCAAAGAAGCUCUUUGACCGGCAGUGUCACGGGAGAAACAUGCAAAACAGAUAUUAACUGUGUUAUCACAAAAGCUGAUAACAUCUGUCACUGAUAUCAUUGUUACUGUGUGCAACACACUCACUGUUCCCUGACACACUUAUACAAGGGGGACAAUUCGUCACCCUAACAGGACACAUUUCCCAGGGAUGACUGAGGCUCAGCUGCUGAAAACUUCUCCGGAAGAGUCUGUGUUUGGUGUCCAGCCGUCCCACAGGAUGGCACCCACUGUGUCCACUGUACCCCUCGGCCCCUCACCGCCCCCUUUAGCUGUCUGGCCUCCUCUGGACUUCGCCCUGGGUGCUUUUGCCUGCUGUGCAGCCUGUGUGUUCACCAAUCCCCUGGAGGUUGUAAAGACUCGUCUGCAGCUUCAGGGAGAGCUGCGUGCACGGGGAUCCUACCAGAGACACUACCGUGGAGUCCUGCAGGCCCUAUGGGUGGUGGGCCGCACAGACGGGCUCCGGGGCCUGCAGAAGGGGCUCUCAGUCGGGCUGAUGUACCAGGGUGUGAUGAAUGGUGUGAGGCUGGGCUCCUACUCCUACUGUGAAGCUCUGGGUAUCACCUCGUUCCACGGGGGGAGUCUGCUUUCAGGGGCAGCGGCCGGGGCACUGGGUGCCUUCAUUGCCUCUCCUGCCUACCUGGUGAAGACCCACCUGCAGGCUCAGACUGUGGAAGCCAUAGCAGUAGGCCACCAGCAUAACCAUCUGGGAGUGUCUGAUGCUUUUGUGUCCAUCUAUAGAAGAGACGGUUUAAUUGGUCUUUGGAGGGGUGUGAACGGGGCUGUGCCUCGAGUCAUGGUGGGAUCAGCUGCUCAACUGGCAACCUUCACCUCGGCCAAGGACUGGGUGUCACAUUCCCAGUGGGUUAGUCCAAACAGCUGGCUCACGGCGUUGAUAGCCGCCAUGAUCAGUGGAAUUGCUGUGGCAAUCAGCAUGACACCGUUUGACGUCGUUAGUACACGGCUCUACAACCAGCCUGUGGAUGAGUUUCGUAAGGGGCGUCUGUACCAUGGGUUUUCAGAUUGUAUGCUGAAGGUGUGCCAAACUGAGGGACUGCUGGGGUUGUACAAAGGCAUGGGCCCUGUCUUCCUGCGCUUGGCCCCACACACAAUGCUCAGCAUGUUGUUCUGGGAUCUGAUGAGGCAACAGACAGUGAAGGACAAAAAGAGCCAGGGAAGGAGCUAAAGCAUCCCAAACUGUCGACUGGACUCAGUUACAGCUAUCAAAGUGGUCCACCUAUGAAUAAAACACUAAAUUAAAUGCAAAUGUUUGACAUUUUGGUAAAUGUGCUUAUUCGCUUUCUUGUCUUGUCAAAAAGUGAAUGUAUUUAAACUAUUAAAGUGAGACUCCCUCUGUCUGAAGCAAAGAAGAUGGAUCACCAUUGAAGUACUUGAUAAAGUUGGACACAUGUUGCACAAACUCUAACAAACAAUUUCAGAAGUUCCUAACAGAUUUCUCAAAUAUAUGUUGUUGAACCACCAGGUUUAGACUUUAAUACUUCAAAAAAAGCCAUCGAACAUGUGUCUGCUCGAUAGCAACGCUGAAAUGAGAGGAGUGAGACUCCUGUGGCCUGCGGGCAUAUCAAUGGAGUGCUGAUGAGAUGACAAACAAGUCUGGAUUAUUAAAACAUGAACUCUGUAUUCGGUUUAUCACCCUGCUGUGAUUUGUCACAGGUUAAUAAAUAAUUAGUUGCUUUGUCUGUUUAUAUGUGAAGAAAAACAUGGGAAUGUUUUUAUUUACUGACAUUGAUUUGAGGUAUUUAUGUACAGAAAUGUAACCUAUGGGUACUUCAAGCCUAAUAAUAAAAAUAAAGAUUUUUGUAUGAAAAGCA